AAUCCCUUUGAUGACAAGUCAUACCACUCCAUCUACGAAGCCCUCUUCCGAUGCACAGUCUUGGAAAAGGCAAGCUACUUCACUUCCAAGAAAUCAGCCAGAGCCAGUGCUACUGCCAAUGCCAGACUCGAAAAGUGCGCCGAGGUCCUCAGGCUGGCUGUCCGCCAUGGAGCUUCACGGAUCAAGCGCAAAACAGCCAGAGCCAUCAUCGACCACAUCACACAGGUGCUCCAGGGACCCGAUGAUACCUACAUCGCACCUCUGCUCAAAGAUUAUGCCAAGGCUUUGUGCACAUUCCUUCAGAACUCGGCCAAUGUCGAAAAUCUCUCCGCCUUUUCAGGUGAGAGCUGGGAUGCUUGUGUCGACUUUUGUGUCGAAGCUCUCUCUCGCUAUCUCGAGGUAGGUGGAAAUGAUAGCGGCUCUCGCGCCUCCCCGGCGCCAACUCUGAGAGCAUCAUCCGUCGGGCUUUCAUCCCAGGGCGGAAACCAGAUUGGUAGUCAGGUCGCUCUAGACUUUUUGUCAUGCUUGAAUUAUCUGGUGGCUGCACCAAAUGCACCGGUACUACGACGGGCAGGGGAAAUAUCCCGAAUCAUUCUUCAGAUUCUGCAACUUCGCCAGAUGAAAAUAGGGGAGCUGCACAAAGUGGCCUUUUCUGCCCUCAACAGAAUCUUUACUCGCACCCAGACCGACGACAUCGCUCUUUCAAAGAGGCUUGUCAUGACUCUGACCCCUUUGCUCUCUCAUUGGUGGCAGCCGCGAGCCUUAUCCCGGGACGCAAUGCUGAAUAGUAUUCGCGAUGAGAUGCUCAAGACCAUCUAUGCUUCUCAUCUUUAUCUGGAGAGCAUACUUCGGGAGUCGACAGACGAGUCUUUUCUUCAAGAUGUGGAAGAACUUAUGGAUGCUCUUUGGUCGGACUACUCGAGGAGAGAAGAACGCGCAAGGCUCCAGCUUGAUGAUAUCACUUUUACUGGAAUGCUCCUCCCAUCCGAUCAUCCAACCACUGGCGUCUUCAGCCUUCGUCCGUACAAUACAGGAGGCGAGCAAAAUUGGGCGCUUUUGCAGAAUCUCGCCACCCUAGAGGCCAUCUACGCCCGCAGCUCAAACAAGCCAUUUUCGCAGCAAGAGCCCGAGAAUGACCAGCCUCGCAAGAGACGUCGAAUGGUUAACACGCCAAACAGGCUCCAUCAGAAACUCAAUUCUCGGGAUCCUGCAGUGCAGCUGACAGCAUUACAACUCGUGCCUUUUCUGAGCCGCCAGAAGCUGCUUACUAUCGAAGAAGCCACAGAGGCCAUCACAGACUUGUCGAAAUGUGUCACGGCGAAGCAAGGUGUCGUGGCAUCGUGGGCGAUGAUCGCAUGCUCCAGCCUCACCUCCCAUGAAGUUUGUCGAGAUGCCUCCCUGUCUCAAACCUGGAAGCAGUUGUGGCAGCUUGGUGUGCGGUCUGUCAGCCUGGCACCAACCACACGUGCUGCCUCGGUCUUCUUGGACUCCGUGAUCAAAGCGUCCCUGAUCCCAAGACAUGAGUUGGCCGGUGAUGUGAACCACAUGAUCAUAACCGCCGAUAUCAGCGGCCCUGCGAUCCUGGUUGACUCUUCUCUCAAGUUGAUGCUGAGCCUCCUGCGUCUACGCAAUACCAUGUCACCCAAUGCCAGCCAAGCUACGACCAGCCAUGUCAUCCGGUGGGUUUUUGUCAAGUGGAAUCCAGCUGAACUGACCUAUGCCUCACUUCAUUCGGUACAUACGGCUCCGUUUGAUCUGACCAACCUCCUGAGAGGCUGCUUUGGGAUGCCAGCUUUGAAGAUGGGUGCUCCUCUCCGGCUCUUUGGGGGAGCGAUUGUACAGUUCUGGAAGAAGCAAAGUCAAGCCUAUCCGCUGAUGCGGUAUCUGCUGCUUCUUGAGGACGAAACAACAUCAGCAACGACACUCAUGGCUGAACCCGAGGAUGUUAUCCUGCCAGAGGAACAGCAAGAACAGACGGUCGACCCAACUGGGUCGCACACCGCAAAGCGCCUUAUCCUCGAGCUACUGUAUCCUAAACUGGAAGAACUUCACCAGAUCACCGAGUCGUGGCAGAAGCGCGGGCCGGAUGGUGUUGCGCCAGUUGCGAUAUCUGCGGAUCGGUUGCAGAGCAUGAUGCUUGCUUGUCUUGUUGGCGCCACCCUCCUUCCAGAACUAGUCAAUCUCAACUCUUCCAUGUCCAAAGAUUUGGAGUCGACACUUUUUGAGGUCAUUGACGGCGCCUUCCGAGUCAUUCUCGCGGCUCCUCAAAUCGAUGAGUUCUUUGAACUGGUGUUGACGACGGUGGUCCCGUUUAUCCCGCCCUUUGUGGAAAGCCAGGUGGCAGCGCUCAGGAAGGAACAGUCUCACUUGUUGAAGCUGUACUCGAAGCUGUCGAUUGCUCUUCAGGAAAAGGCUCAAAAGGAGGCCUUUGGACGGAGCAUGGAUGCUAUGGACAUUGACGACGAGUUUGAGUCCCAGACGAGCCAGAGUUCGGCUGUGUCAAAGGGGAAGACGUUGGCGAGGAGGGAUAGUCUUUUGUGUUGGACCCCUGAGGCGUUUUAUCUCGAGACGACGCUGAGGGUGCAUUACCUGGAGAUUAUCAGGCAGGAUGAGGGGGAACUGGGGCAUGUACCUGAACCGAUGAUGGAGCAACUGCUGAGUUUGGAAAAGGAGCAGCUGUUGACUUGUCGGGUGUUUAUGAAGGAGUUGUUUUCUUGUGGGUGGAUGGCGAGGUUGAAGACUGUGGUGAGGGUGUUUGAGACGGUUGGGGGAAUUAUUUCGGAGGAUGAGUUUUCGUGCUGUGAGGUGGCGCUUUGCACGUGCAUUGAUGUGAUGGAUGGGUUUAUUUACUUUUGGACGGAUCAGAAGUUAGAGGAGGCGAUUGGGCGGAUGGUGGGGGAUCUGUAUCAUUACCUUGUCAAGAGCUCGCUGCCGAACAACUCGAUGAGUCCGGUUGUGCAGGGGGUGUUUAGUGGGCUGCUUUUUCAUAUACUGGAGGUGAGGUCGGGGUAUGCGGGGGAUCUGGGGUUGCCGAGCGCGAGGAGCACGUUGUUGGGGGUGUGUCAGGAGGGGGGGAUGGAGGUGAAGUAUGAGAUUGGGAAGGGGUUGCCGGGGGUGUUUGGGUUGUAUGUGCUUAAGACGCACGAUGACAUUUUCCUGGAUGUGCUGGACAGCUUGCCUACCGAUCCGUCGAUGGAGGAGCGGAUCGCGUAUAGGUUGUUUGUGUUGGCGGAAUUGGCGUGUAGGUGGCCGACGCUGUUGAGGAGGUGUAUUUAUCACAUCUUUGAGACGCCGGGGAAGAUUGUGAGGAGUGUGAGGUAUGCGGGGUGGUGUUUGAGGAGGAUAUCGAAGGAGUUGAAGUUGAGCGGGCCGGAGGAGCUGUUUCGGCUGUUUGCGCCGCAGCUGCUUUACACGUGGUUGGAUGAGAACUCGAUUGAGGAUAUCCCGUUUGAGAUCUUUGGGUUCAAGAGCCUGCAGGAUUUGCUGGCGGAGGGGCAGACGGAGGCGGCGGCGAUUAUGAUUAUGAGGGGGCAGGAGACUGAGGCGUUGGAGUUGGCCAAGAUGCUGGGGUUGACGCUGCAGGAGCUGGUCAAAAGGAACUUUACAAAGAUCAUUGCGUAUUGCAUCGCGCACGAUGUCAGUGUGCAGAGGGAGGAAGGGCAGAUCACGGGGGAGAAGAGGCUGAUCAAGAUUCUUAUUAAGGAAGGGUUUCUGGAGCAGAUUCACCUCAAUUUUGCCGACAUUAUUGCAACGUUUUUUGAGACCUUCGACCAGGAGGAUCCGGUCGAGAAGGCGUUUAGACGGAAUGAAGGGCUUGGGUAUGCGGCGGAUAUUGUUGAGAUGAUCAAGGAGUAUGGCCAUUUGCCUACGAAGCUUCCGCCGAAUCAGCAACCGUGCUUUAGGGCGAAGUAUCUCCCCAUUGAGAUGCUUCACCUUUUGAGCAGAACGCCGUAUGAGUUGGAUCAGAUUUGGACGCCGGCGUUGGUGGUGUUUAUUGCUCGGAAGCUCCUCAACACCAUUCACCCGGCCCUUGGCCCUCUUCACGCCUGCUCGGUUCUGCGCAAGAUCAGAGUGUUGAUCUGCCUUGCUGGUCCUACAGCACUUACCGCCUACCCGUUGGAGAUGCUCCUGCACUCCAUCCGGGCCUUCGUCGUCGACCCCGAGUGCGCAGACGAUGCGCUGGGCAUCACGCAGUACCUCAUCAUCAAAGGCUCUGACCACCUCAGCAAAACCCCAUCCUUCUUCGCGGGCUAUGCGCUCUCGUCCCUGGCCGACCUGAGGGUAUUUUUGGAAUCCUCCCAGUCGAGCACAACUCAGGAGUCCCAGUUCCGAGCCACAAAGUCGAAAGCCCAGGUGUUUCAUGAUUGGUUUGGGAAGUAUCUCAAGGGGUAUGAGAGCAAGAUUCUAAAGGAGAACCCUGAGCAUCUUAAAGCUUUCAGGGCGAUCACUCAGUCGGCAGCGGAGAUCAGAGUCAUGGGCAACGCAGAGAGGGGAACGAAUGAGAGUAACUUGCUCAUGGAGAUCCUCAAAGAUUGGGACAGGGCUGAUAGCGAGGGUGAUGAGCUGCUAAAUGAACCUGCUCGUGGUGUUGCCUUGAGGAUGCUGUGUGGGCAGUUUGGGCCUGCGCCGAAGGAGAGGGGGUUGGAUGUUAUUGGGGAGGAUGAGGAGGCUGUCAAGUAUAAGGGGGUGGUUUGGAAGAGUUGUAUGGAGGAGGGAGGGAUGGGGUUGAGUGGCGAGUACUUGGCCUGGGCGGGGAGGUUGACUGUCAGCGGGGAUUGUUUGACUGCUGGGCUGGCGGAGGCAGCGCUGAGGACUGUGUUCAGUGACGCGGCUGCUGAUAACUUCCAGGAGCUUGUGGCAGCUUGCCAGCGGAGUUUGAGUAAAGCUCUGGCGGAUAGUUUGGAUUGGGAGCCGUUCCGGACGCCGCAGUCGGAUCUGGUCAAGGUGGAGAAGGUAAGGGAGCAGGAGGUGUUUAGUGGGGCGAAGUUGGGAGAGGCGGACUGGGCGAGAAAGUUGACGACGUUGUUGGCGCAGGCGGUGCCGGAUGAUGUUACGCUGAGAGUGCUGCCCCCGAUAUUGACCAAAGUCAAGGGGUUUGCGGAGCAGGCUUUUCCGUUUGUGGUGCACUUGGUGCUGAGCUAUCAGCUGGAUAAACAGCAGGGGGUGAAGAGGCAGCUUUCGGAGGUGAUGAAGGAAUGGUUGAAGAACGAGGAGGAGGGGGCGAGGGAGAAUGUGAAGUUGUUGCUCAACACGAUUCUGUACCUGAGGACGCAGCCACUUGCCGGGGAGGCUUCCAUUGCAGAUCGGGGGCAUUGGUUGGAGGUUAAUCUGACGAGUGCGGCUGCUGCUGCGACGAGGUGUGGAAUGUUCAAGGUUGCGUUGCUGUUUGCGGAACUGGCUUCGAGCGAGGAGUCGAGGGCGUCGAGGAGGUCAUCGGCGAUUAGGGAGGUGGAGGAUUCGAGCGAAAUUUUGUUGGAUAUCUUUGAGAAUAUUGAUGAUCCGGAUGCGUACUACGGGCUGGCACAGGAUGCUUCGCUGAGUACGGUGUUGGCCAGGUUGGAGUAUGAGAAUGAUGGUGGGAAGAGUCUUGCUUUCAGGGGGGCGCAGUAUGACAGUCAUUUGAGGAGUCGAGAUGCUGCCUCGAAACAGGAUGGGCAGGCGCUUAUCAAGGCGUUGAGUAGUUUGGGUCUGGCCGGGUUGUCGAACUCGUUGUUGCAGACGCAGCAGAGUCUGGAUGAGUCUUCUAACUCGCUGGAUAGCACUUUUACGACGGCGAGGAGGCUGGAAAUCUGGAAUUUGCCGGCGCCGGCGACAAAUGAUAAUUGGGCGGUGACGGUGUAUAGAGCGUAUCAGAGUAUGCACCAGGCUUCGGAUAUUGAGGCUGUCAGGGGUGUUAUUCAUGAUGGGCUUCGGGGGACCAUCAAGCACUUGACCAGCAAGAGUCUCAAUACGACGAGCAUGAGGCACCAGCUGGGUGUGCUGGCUGCUUUGGCGGAACUAGAUGAUGCUCUCAGUAUCACUGACCCGGCUGAGAUGAAGAGGGGACUUCAGAUGUUUGAGACGAGGUCGAAGUGGAUGAUGAGCGGACGGUAUGAGGAUGUCAGUCAGAUCCUGUCUUGUCGGGAGACGACAUUGAGUAUGUGGAGCCAGCAUCACAAACUGAGAGCGGCAACUAUCCCACCAGCAGAUGCCCGGUUUGCUCAGAUUAAAGGACUGCUGCUGUCGUCUGAUAUCUUCCGUUUCCACCGACAGCACCAAGAGACGUUGAAUUUGUCAACCACACUCACCGAUCUGAUCCAGCCAAGCGAGGCUAUGGGGCUCAAUGUGGAUGCAGCUAUUCGGAUGGAGGCGGCGAAUUCACUGUGGGAUCAGGGGGAGAUGAUUUCUUCCAUUAGGAUGCUGCAAGCUAUUGACAAGGACUCGUCGUUGAAGAAGCAGACGAUUCCUGUCAGUCGAUCGGAUUUGUUGGCCAAGAUUGGGUUUCAGGUCUCGGUUGCUAGGCUGGAGAGCCCGGAUAGCACACAGAAGAAGUAUCUUGAGCCGGCGCUGAAGGAGCUCAGGGGCAAGAAUGAAGGCAAGGAGGCUGGACAGGUGUUUCACCAGUUUGCCAUGUUUUGUGAUGAGCAGCUCCAGAACCCGGAUAGUUUGGAGGAUUUGGCACGGCUGCAGAACCUCAAAAAGGGCAAGAGUGAUGAGGUUGAGCAGCUGAAGCAGUUGAUUUCAAGCUCGAGGGACUCGCAGACGAAGAGCAGGUACUCGAGUCACUUGGCGAAGGCUCGGCAGUGGCUCGAUUUGGAUCAGCAGGAGUUGAGAAGGGUUGAGCAGUCGAGGACUGAGUUUGUGAAGCUCAGUUUGGAGAACUAUCUGCUAUCUUUGGCCGCUUCGGAUGAGCAUAACAACGAUGCGCUGCGGUUCACGGCUCUUUGGCUGGAGAGGUCGGAGGAGGAUGCUACCAAUGAGGCGGUCAAGAGGUACAUUGGCAAGGUCCCGACUCGAAAGUUUGCGCCGUUGAUGAACCAGCUUUCGUCUCGGGUACAGGAUCAGAAGACUCUCUUCCAGAAUGUGCUUAUUGAUCUCAUUUAUCGGAUCUGUGUUGAUCAUCCCUAUCACGGGAUGUAUCAGAUCUGGUCUGGGGCGAGGACAAAGGUCAAUAAGGACGACGAUGUUGCGGUUUCCCGGCAAAAGGCGACGGAUAGAGUUGCUAAGGCACUUACCAGGGCCGAGGCGGUGUCUGCCAUCUGGCCGGCGAUUGACCAGACAAGCAGGGUGUACCAUAUGCUCGCCAUGGAUCGGGACACGAACAGGUUCAAGCAAGGUUCCAAAAUUGCCAUCAAGGACUCUCAGCAUGGGCCCAGCUUCCUCACGACGUUGUCAAAGUAUAAGAUUCCGCCGCCGACCAUGCAGAUGGAGCUGUCGCCUACGUGUGAUUACAGCCAUAUCCCGAUGAUUGUCAAGUUUGAUCCUUAUAUGACUAUUGCUUCUGGUGUGAGCGCGCCAAAGAUUCUGACGGCGAUUGGGUCGGAUGGGAGACGGUAUAAACAAUUGGUCAAGGGGGGUAAUGAUGACUUGCGUCAGGAUGCUAUCAUGGAGCAGGUUUUUGCUGCCGUGUCGGAGUUGCUUAAACUUCAUCGUACCACCCGCCAACGAAACCUCGGCAUCAGGACGUACAAGGUUUUGCCGCUGACGUCCAGUUCGGGGUUGAUUGAGUUUGUCUCGAAUACUAUACCUCUGCAUGAGUAUCUCAUGCCCGCUCACGAGAAGUACUACCCCAAGGACCUCAAGGGGUCGCAAUGCAGGAAGGAGAUCUCGACGGCGCAGACAAAGACUACUGAGCACAGGAUUGCGGUUUACCGCAGGGUCACGGAGAAGUUCCACCCGGUGAUGAGGUACUUUUUUAUCGAGUAUUUCCCCGACCCUGACGAGUGGUUCCACAAGCGCACCGCCUAUACGAGAACCACGGCGGCGAUUUCCAUGCUGGGCCAUGUGUUGGGGUUGGGUGACAGACAUGGGCACAACAUCCUCCUCGACACCAAGACUGGCGAGGUAGUCCACAUUGAUCUGGGCGUGGCGUUUGAAAUGGGAAGAGUCCUGCCAGUCCCGGAACUGGUGCCGUUUAGGUUGACGAGGGACAUUGUCGACGGGAUGGGAAUCACCAAGACCGAGGGUGUGUUUAGGAGGUGCUGCGAGUUUACGCUUGAUGCGCUGAGGGAGGAGGCGGGGAGUAUACAGACUGUUUUGGACUCGCUGAGGUUCGACACGUUGUAUCAGUGGAGCAUUAGCCCGGUGAGGAUGGCCAAGCUGCAGCAGAAUGCGAGGGAGGAGGAUGAUGGGGAGAAUGAGGAGAACGAGGAGGCGGGGGGGGAGAAGAAGGGGGUCAAGGGGAACGUGAACGAGCCCAGCGAGGCGGAUAGGGCGAUUGAGGUUGUCAAGAAGAAGCUGAGCAAGACGUUGAGCGUGAUGGCGACGGUGAAUGAUUUGAUUGAGAAGGCGGGGAGUGUGGGGAAUUUGGCGGUUUUGUAUUCGGGGUGGGCUGCUUAUGCUUGA